AUGGCGAAGAAGAAGAAUUUCUUCGUGCGCGAUUACAACAAGCACAUUGGGGCAACAGUGUUGCUUGUUGCUUGCAUGCUGAGUUUCAUGUUCAUGGUUAUUGGCACCCCGCUCGGUGUACUCAAGCCAAAGGAAGCAACAAAUGUCUGCUACACUCUUUGGGGCACGCGGAAGUGCGACAGUCCUAAUUACGACUGGCGUGUUAACUUUGACAAUUGCACUGUCAGACGCGUGAGGUUUCACUUCGCCGAAGCGUUCAGCAUUAUUGCCAUGUUCUUCAACGUAUUGACUGGUAUUGCUUGCUGGUAUUGCAUCAGUGGGUCUAAUGCGAAGUGGUGGACCGUACUUGUUGCCGUGAUUAGCAUCGCCUCGAGCCUCGUGACGUGGAGCGUGGUUUCUGCCUUGUAUUACUCUUCGUUCUGUGGCAGUGACACCUACACGCAUAAGCACACAAAAUACGGCCCUGGAUUUGCCCUCAUCGUGACGGCCUUCGCAUUGGACUGCUGCGGUCUCGUCUGCUUCCUCGUCCUCGGGUAG